UUGCGUGAAAUAUUCUCGAUGAAAAAAUAAUUCGGUGAUACUAUCCUCUUCGACACGAAGUACAAACUAUUAUAAUUUCCUCUUUCCAUUCCUCCAUACUUUGGAUGGUGAUCAAUUGAAGUUUCGUUUUAACAAAUUCGAGUAGUUCUAAAGUAUUAUUAAUAAAUAAGUGAUAUUGUCUAAGUGUAUCAUAAAAAUUAAUUAAGUUUAGAUAUAUAGACGAUAUUUAUCGUAUUACUUAUUGAUAUAACCGUACUUAUUUAGCAACCAUUUUUCAACAGUCUGCCACGUUUAUAACGCUUAACGUUUAGGUAUACUUUUAGGAUAGAAAAAAGAAACAUCAUGGUGAAUGUCAAUCCAAGAGUUUUCUUUGACAUAGAAGUAGGCGGUCUACCUAUGGGUCGCAUAAUUUUUGAACUCUUUGCGGAUGUAUGUCCCAUGACAUGUGAAAAUUUUCGUGCCCUAUCUACGGGUGAAAUGGGAGUCGGACAAACAACUGGGAAACCGUUGCAUUAUAAAGGAAUUGUAUUUCAUAGAGUUGUAAAAGAUUUUAUGAUUCAAGGUGGUGAUUUUGUAGUAGGUAAUGGAACUGGAGGAGAAUCUAUCUAUGGUGGUACAUUUGCAGAUGAAAAUUUUAUUUUGAAGCAUAAUAAAUCAUUUUUAUUAUCAAUGGCUAAUCGUGGUAAAGAUACAAAUGGAUCACAAUUUUUUAUUACAACACAACCAGCGCCUCACCUCGACAAUGUCCACGUCGUUUUUGGAGAAGUAGUGUCUGGCCAGGAAGUUGUUAUGCACAUUGAGGGAUUACCGGUUGAUCGUAUGUCCCGUCCAUUACAGGAUGCUAAGGUUGUGAACUGUGGAGAAUUAGUAUUGAAAACUAAAAGUAAAGGAAAAAAACAUGAAUCAAAGCGUAGCUCUUCGGAAUCAGAUUCUGAUUCCCAUGUAGAGAAAAGCAAGAAAAAGAAAAACAAAAAGAGUAAGAAAAGAGCUAAAUCAGAAGAUGGCGAAAUCCAUAAUUCAAACGAAGACGAAAAUGAUAAGCCUCAUCCACUUGUAUCUGUUACAAAAAUCGAUCCCGAUGAGAUACCCGAGGUCCCUGCAAAUAAAUUUUUGUAUAGAGCUGGACCUACCAACAAUGCUAAUCAAAAAGAAUUUCGACAACAUUUCGGCAGGGAACGCAUAAGAUUACGUAGAAAAACUGGACGUGUAUUUAAAGGGCGUGGUGUAUUUCGUUAUCACACUCCUUCGCGAAGUCGCUCCAGAAGUGUAACUCCACCACAUUGGAAACAAGCACAAAAUCGUACGAUCAAAUUACACGAAUUUCAGAAAAUGGAAAAGGAACGAUUAAAAAAGGAAGAAGAAGGAGGCGGCAAACCCGAAGGCGAUAAAACAGAUAAGUUUGAAGAACGAGUUGAUAAUGAUAAUUACUUAAUGGAAAAAUUUGAAAGUAGCGCGUGUAUACCCGAACAUUUAGAAAAUAAAGAAAAUGAUCAAGUGGAAGAAAAGAACGCUACGAAUGAAAAUGUCCAAGAAAACGAGGAUAAUGUAAAUAAAAAUGUGGAUAUUAAUGAAUUAACAUCAACCGAUAAACUAGAUACGAAACGUAAAAAUGAAAAAUCUAUGAAACAUGAAACUAGUCGGUUCGAUAGAUACGAUUCAAGAGAUAGAAGUAAGAGACGCGGUAGUAGACGAUCUAGAUCAAGAGGUCGUCAAAGAUCAAGAGAUAGAGAUUAUGAUCGUAGAUCUAGCCGCGAUAGAAGAAGCAGAAGAAAUUAUUCUCCUCGUAGACGUGAUUCAUACAGAACUAACAGAUUUGGCAGAGAUAAUUAUAGAUAUUAUGAUAGACGUAAUGAUUACAGAAGAGGUACGUCUAAUGCGCAACAUGACACAGAUGGAAAUACAUCUUAUUUUAAUAGAGAUAAACCAAAGAAAAAUCAGAAUGUUUCUGAUUCUGUGGAUCAACCAAAAUUUAAACGACAUUCACGUUCAAGCAGUUCCAGUAGUCAGCAUACUAAAGAAUAAAUCAUUUUUCUUUUUAAUCUCUUUUCACACUGGCUCAAAAACGAAUACAAAAUAAUAGUACGAGGGGGAGAGCUAUAUAUCUCUUCAUAAAAAUAAAUCUUAUACUAUAAUGUUUUCUUAAUUCUGUAUUUGUAAUAAGUCAUGCACAUUUUUUCGUCUGGAUCUUGGUAAAUUACAUAAUAAAAAUAAGUACUAUUUUUUGG